UUAACACACCGCAGUAGUCAUCACUUCUCACGCGUUUUCUCUCUCUCUCUCUCUCUAAAAAAAUCUGGCAAGCAAAAACAGCGGCACAGGCACAGCGCGUGUUCCCAGCCCUAGAAUUUCUCCUCGGAAAAAGCCCUCGAUCUUCUCCGAUCAAACCUCGCUACCAUGGCUAAUUCAGCAUCAGGAAUGGCUGUGCACGACGAUUGCAAACUGAAGUUUAUGGAAUUGAAAGCCAAACGAACACACCGCUUCAUCGUUUACAAGAUUGAGGAGAAGCAGAAACAGGUCAUUGUUGAAAAGCUCGGCGAGCCAGCUCAAGCUUACGAGGACUUCACUGCAUGCCUUCCAGCUGAUGAGUGCAGAUAUGCCGUUUACGACUACGAGUUCCUGACUGAAGGAAAUGUACCAAAGAGCCGAAUCUUCUUCAUAGCAUGGUCUCCCGACACCGCAAGAGUGAGGAACAAAAUGAUCUAUGCGAGCUCCAAGGACAGGUUCAAGAGGGAAUUGGAUGGAAUUCAGAUUGAGCUGCAAGCGACCGAUCCUUCCGAGAUGGGCCUCGACGUCUUCAAAAGCCGCGCAAAUUGAUAGCUAGCUAGCUCCCGCUGCGCUAAGCUACCCCUUCUCGGCAAAAUGUUUAUAGCUUGCGGGCAGUGGAACAAUCGAUGAUAUACCGGUAUUCUUGAAUCUCUCUUAAUGUGUAAUAUUGUAUCUAUCUAUCUAUCUAUAUAUAUAUAUAUAUAUCUAGUAAGAACUUGGUGUUAUUUUGGUUGUGCUCUGCUCUGUUCUAUUCUGGUUUGGAAUUUAUUUCAUGACUUGUGUGUGAGAUCAUUAUCUGCCAUUGGUUUGGUUUUCUUUUGUGUUGCAGAAAUGUAUUUUUGAUCCAUGAAAUGUCUAUGGCAUUGUUACAUUUGCUGCUACAUCGUAUGUAAAGUGUUCGCUUUGACGUUGUUGA